CAGUUUUUGUUAGAAAAAAAAAAAAAAAAAAAAAGGAAUUGUCAUCUUCCACCUCUCCGUCGACCAUGGCAGGUACCGUGCGGUGGCUGACCGGGCAGGGCCAGGAAGAGGCUCUCUCUGGCGGAACAUCAUUUGGCAUGCCAUGGCCAAGGGGUCGUUAUCAACCAGGACAGGCCUUUGUGAUCGAAGCAGAAGGCCAGACAUACCCUCUAGACUCUCGAGAACUUGCGUUCUGGGCGGACGGAUCUCUGAGAUGGACGGCACACUCUGUCAGCCAGGAUAUCGGGUACAGCGCACAAUAUACCGUCAAAGGCGCGGCGGACAAGGCCGAGGAGUUAGCAGGAGUGGCCAUUGAUCAAAGUGGUCCCCAUCUGCUUGUUUCGACGAAGCUCGGACUCGAGCUGCAGUUCUCCCCGCCAGGAAGUUCGACUUGGCUGGAGAGCUUGUCUGUGAAUGGGUGUGUGGUGUGUUCCGGGGCCCGGAUCGUUGCUUCCAUCGAUAAAAAGGAAUAUACCACUGUCGUCCAGGGGGCCACAGUGGAAAACGCCACCUUCAGUAGGGUCCUCGUCAAAGUCUCCGGCGUCGUUGUUUCUUCCUCCCCUGAUGAUCGGGUGGAACAUCUCCCCUUUGACGUCCGGGUGUACGUAUACUCUCACGCAUCAACCGUGCGGAUUCUUCAUUCCUUCAUCCACGAUCUGGACGCGGACGAGCCUUUGACCUCGUUGGGGUUGCAGUUUUCUGUGCCCCUUGGAGGGACGGAGCGAUAUAACCGACAUAUCCGCCUUGGGGGAUCGGGGGGCGGCAUCCUCAAAGAAGAAGUCCAGGGUCUUUCGGGGCUCAGGCACGGCCCAACCGUGCAGGACCGGAUUGAUCAGACGGCCGGCCGAGCGGUGACACUCCGGGAAACCGAAUGGAAGCGGACCGACCUCGCCAGGGGACUGACGUACAUUCCGUGCUGGGACUCGUAUUCGCUGUCGCAGCUGUCGUCGGACGGGUUCACGGUCAAGAAACGGACGAGACGGGGCUGUUCCUGGGUCAAGGUGACGGGCGGCGGGCGCGCCGAUGGACUGGCCUAUGUGGGAUCAGCUCGACACGGCGGCUUGGCCGUGGGGAUGUCGGACUUCUGGGAACGCUACCCUACCCAACUGGAUCUCGACCAUCUCACGAGUGAGGAGGGGGUGAUCACGGUGUGGAUGUACUCUCCUCUGGCAGAGCCGCUUGAGACCGCGCCGUACCACGAUGGCCUGGGGCUCGACUCGUACGGAAAACAGCUGGAGGCCCUCGACGUGACGUACGAGGACUAUGAGCCUGGGUUUGUGACGGCCAACGGGAUCGGACGGACGAACCAGUUCUUCCUUCGGCCAUAUCUAGCCACGCCCUCCAACCGCGAGUUGAGUGGCUUUUCGUCUCUGGUGCGGCAGCCAGCUCGGUUAAUAGCAGACCGACAAUACAUGCACUCGACGGGCGUCUUCCACGGGUGCUGGGCCCCCGACUUGCACGGACUUGGGUUCAGCAGCAGCACCCCGAGCGCGGGCGAGGUGGAGGAGAUCGAGCGCAACCUGGACUUGCUGUUCAACUUCUACCGCGAGCAGGUGGAGCAGAAUCGAUGGUACGGCUUCUGGGACCACGGGGACGUGCAGCACACGUACGACGCGUACCGGCAUGCCUGGCGCUACGACGUGGGCGGGUUUGCGUGGGACAACUCGGAGCUGUCGACGGACCUGUGGCUGUGGCUGUAUUUCCUGCACACGGGACGAGCGGAGGUGUUCCAGAUGGCCGAGGCCAUGACGCGCCACACGGGCGAGGUGGAUGUCUACCACGCCGGGCGGUUCAAGGGGUUUGGGACGCGGCACGGGGUGCAGCAUUUCAGCGACAGCUCCAAGCAGCUACGGAUCUCCAACGUGCUGUACCGCCGGAUCUACUUUUACCUGACGGGCGACGAGCGCACGGGGGAUCUCAUCCAGGAGCUCGCGACGUGCCAGCAGACGCUGCUGGCGCUGGACUCGCACCGUAAAGUGCAGCAACACGCCGACGAGCUGCCCGAGGGGUUUGCCAUGACGAACAUCGGGCUGGACUGCGGCGCGCUGGCGGCGGCGUGGCUGAGCACGUGGGAGCGACGCGCCGAGGGCUGGAUGCAGGCGCGCGAUCUGUUGGUCCGGCUGCUGGACGGGGUGGCCAGAUUGCCGCAUGGGAUCGGCAACAACGCGAUCCUGCUGAACCCGACGACGGGCGAGAUGCGGGCCUGCCCGCCUCCGACGCCCGAGUAUGCCAUCUCGCACUUAUCAAUGCUGUUUGGGUUCCCCGAGAUUGUCACCGAGCUUCUCGACUACGCUCGCGAGAUGUAUCCGGACUGCGUGGCACGGUUCCUGCGCGUGUGGCUCGCGUACUGUCGUGCCUACAACGGGGGGGAGGCCGUACAGCGCGAGGAGUUUGGGUUUGUGUUUCCGGAGCAUGCCACCUGGCGACAGAGCCACUCGACGUUGACGGGACUGGCGGCGGCGGAACUGCAGAGCGAGACGCUCGGGCGGGCGGCGUGGAGGCAGUUUUUCCAUACUGAUGGCUACACUCGCGAGCACGCAUGGACGGUGACUGCCACAGCUCCUCCCGAGUAUCUUGCGGUGGGGGAGGAGGCGACGUGGGUGACGACGAACGAGGCAGCUCGAUACGGAGUGUCUGCGAUAGUUAAUUUAGCCAAUAUUCGGCAGUUUUUAGAUCUCGAUAGAGAGAUGACAGAGAUGACAGAGAUGACAGAGAUGACAGAGAUGACAGAGAUGAUAGAAGAUGAUAGAAGGGAGAUGAGAGAUGAAAAGGAAGAGGAGAGAAGAGAGGAGAAGUGAUGAUGGGAGAGAGAGAGAGAAAGAGGGGGAAGAAGAAGAAGAAGAAGAAGGAGCGAUGGAGGUGCCUUCCUAAAUGGGAUGGUCGUUGUCAAUACAAUACCACCCGAGUUCAUACGGUAACUUACAGUAUAGCAU